UCAGGUCUAUCCUCUUUGCCAUAGGUGCUAGCAAUCUCCCUUAUAAUCUCUGAGCAAAAUACUUGAAACACUCCAACGGCGUUCCCAAUCAUUUCCGUUCCCUUUUCCUUAUCGAAACAACAGUAUAUAAUAAUAAUUAUAGCCCCAGUUAUCAAGUUCGGAACUAUAAAUGAAAAUAUUCCACGUAUUCUUGUGGAAUUUUCAGUGAUAUGGGGGAAUAAAUAAAGAGAGUUGAGGUUAUGAAAUAUGACUCAUUUCUGAUUUCGAUGUUCAGAAAGAGCUCGUUGGACCGUUGAGAGAUCAAAAGAUUGAGAUAAAUCCAAAAUCGUAGAAGUGUAUGGCAAUAUAUGGGUGUACUGCUUCAUAUGAACAUGCAAAGGAGUCGUGUGAUAAAACUGCGAUAAGAGUAACACGUAUGCAUUUUUAGAAUUUUUUCGACCAGUUGUUUUUCCUGUUUAGAGCCAUGUUUAUUAGAGGAAUUGUAAUUUUGUUAGUUGCCUCUCGGUCUUUCGGGGAGGAUUAUUAUGAACUCUUGGGGCUGGAGAGAAAUGCUGAUCAGAAGACCAUUCGACAGGCUUUCAAAAAACUUGCUGUUACUCACCAUCCUGAUAAAAAUAGCGAGGAUCCAGAAGCUCACAUAAAAUUCAUAAAAUACACGACAGCCUACGAGGUCCUGAAAGACCCAGACCUGCGUAAAAAAUACGAUCUCUACGGACAAGAAGGUCUCAAUGACCAGAAUACACAGCAGAACUACCACUCCUGGUCGUACUACCAGGAUAACUUUGGAAUCUAUGACGACGACCCUCAAGUGGUCACACUAAACAAGAAUGAUUACCAUGACAACGUCAUCAAUUCUGAGAAGAUCUGGAUGAUAAACUUCUACUCCCCGAUGUGCAGUCACUGCAGGACCCUCGCUCCUUCUUGGAGAAAAAUUGCAAAGGACUUUGAAGGAGUAAUACGAGUGGGAGCAGUCAACUGUGAAGAUGAUUGGUCCCUCUGUCGUCAAUUGGGUAUUCAGUCCUACCCAACCCUGCUCUUCUACCCCAGGAACUCUCAACACGGAAUUGGAUUCACCGCGAGGAAGAACUACGACGAGAUAUCAGAGUUUAUAAUGUCCAGCCUUGAUGUGAACCUGGAAAAAUUAUCUCAAUCGAGUUUUAAUCGUUUGAUGCAGGACUCCAGGUCCAGGGAAAAGUCGUGGUUGAUUUUUACGUGUGGAAAGAACCGAAAGUGCUUCAAGAACGAGGAUCAAUUGAAAAUUUCUGCAAUUUUUGAGAAUAUUUUGACUGUUGGAAUUUUUAACUGUGAUAAAAACCACUGUAAUGAUCUUCCAGAGUUCUCUACAUCAGCUGUGUUCAUUCCCGGUGGAACUUAUGAUUCCAAAUCUCCGGUUCUAUUUGAGGAAUUCGAGAAUAUUGAUAUUUUGGUACAUCAAGUACUGGAGCAAUUACCAGAACCCAAGGAAAUCACUGCUAAUGAUUUUGAGGAGAUUAAAGAUGGUUUCGAGAGUGAUUCUGAGGGAUGGUUGCUUUGCUUCUAUAUAGGUCACGCGACAGAGCUCGACCUCCUCUUGAAACGGCUACCCGGCAUAAUCCAGGAUGUGAACUUCGGCAAGGUGAAUUGCGGUCGAUACCAGGCGCUCUGCUCCGCACUCUCUAUAAACCGUUAUCCCAUGUGGGGUGUCUUAAAACCCUCCGGAGCUUUCGAGUUGAAUCAUGGAAAAGGCAACAUAAAUGAUAUAGCGAAAUUUGCGGAGAACAGUAUAAAAGCUCAAAACGUGUGGGCUCUCUCUGCCUCAAAAAUUCUCGCAAUUCUUCAACGAAAAAUCCGAUCAGAAGAAGUCUGGUUCCUAGAUUGGUACGCGCCUUGGUGCCCUCCCUGCAUGCAAUUUCUGCCAGAGCUCCGAAAAGCUUCACUCCACUUUCAAAAAUCUACAAUCAAUUUCGGCACAGUAGACUGUACAGUCCAUUUAUCAAUCUGUCGUCAAUAUAAUAUCAGAUCGUAUCCAACAGCGAUGCUCAUCAACGGCUCCGCGACCUCCCAAUUCACCCUUCAAAAAACGGCGAGAAACAUCAUCGAGUUCAUUAAAGAAUCAAUGAACCCAACAGUGAUUAAACUAAACUCAACCAAUUUUCACAAAACUUUGGGAAGGAAAAAGAGCAAUAGUUUGUGGGUGGUGGAUUAUUUCGCACCUUGGUGUGGCCCCUGCCAACAACUCGCACCUGAGUGGACAUCAGUUGCCAAAGUUAUUCAUCUUUUACCAAAUGUCAAAAUAGCAAGUGUCGAUUGUGAAGCGGAUGGCGAUCUCUGUCGAACCCAGGGAGUUCGGAGUUAUCCCACCAUUAGAUUAUAUCCCAUAGGAAGUGAAGGACUGAAUCAAGUUGCGAUGUACAACGGCAAUAGAGAUGCAACUUCCUUAAUGAGGUGGAUAGUAAAAUUUUUAGGGAUCAAAGUUAAGGAGUUCACUGAGCAUGAUUUAGAAAGGAAAGCGAUUAAUAAUAAGAAGGAAGUUUGGGUGAUUGAUUACUAUGCGCCUUGGUGUGGCCAUUGUCAAGUCCUCGAGCCUCAUUUCGUUAUUGCUGCACAGAUGCUUGAAGGGAAAGCCAAGUUUGGCAGGUUGAAUUGUGACGAGCAUAGAUCUACUUGUAGACGAGCAGGUGUGAAUGCUUAUCCAACAGUUUUUAUUUAUAAGAUUGGUGAUCAGAGGUUAAAUGGGGGUAAAAAAGUAGAGGGUACAACUGCUGAGGCGAUUAGGGACGAGGUAAUGGUAUUGAUGAAGGACCUUGGGAGACAUGAUGAAUUGUGAGAGGGAUUUAUAGUGGUUUAUUGAGAGACAGAACUUGUUAUUAGUUUUGAUAAUUCAGUAUUUGUAAAUAUGGGUUGCUCCAGGGCAGAGGCUUUCCAUGUAGAGGAUGAAGGGCGGGGGGGGGGCAACACGAGUGUUGUAGGAGUGUUAUAGUGUGAUAGUAGAAGUACUUCUAUCUCCAACAAUGGUUUUGUCCAGACAGCAAAUUAGAUUUGGAUAUUUUCAGUUUUUGAAUUUUCCAACUGAAUUGUAUGCGAUUUUUUUUAUGGAAUUGAUAUCAGGGCCAUUCAAAUUAUAUUUUGCAAUAUAUUAGUAUUUUUUAACUAUUUUCUUGUCAUGGAUGAAAUAUGGAACUUGCUCAACAAAUGAACCAUAAUUUUUGAUUAUCAUUUUAUAUCUGUCAAAAAUUUCUGGGAAUUUCAGUUAUCCCUGCAUGUGAAUUUUCAAUGUUGCUAAUUUGAAUUCAGUUUAAAACCAAAUUGUCCAUAAAAUUUAUUAUUGAUUUUGAAAAUUUAACAAAAUUGAAGUUAUCAAAUAGUGAGAAAUUAUGGAAAUUUCAAUAAGAAUUUCAAUUCUCAAACUUAUUGUGAAAAUUGAACAUUAAAUACAAUUAGAUUCUUAAUAGAUUGAAUAAGUUGAUGAAAAUUUCAAGAAUCUUUAUGAUUUAAUCAGAAAAAUUAGAUUAUCAUCGUGAUUUGCAACCAUAAUAAUCUAAUUAUUGAUUUCCUUCACAGAACGCGUGGUUUUGAAGUUUUUUUUCAAAAACGUAUCAGUCAAUCAAAUCCCUUCCAAUUGUCAAUGAUUCUUGCAGUUUACAAUCUUCAAAAUUGAGCUAUCUUCAUACUACUUUAAUUAGUUCAUCAUCUUUUUUGUACAAUAUAAUUUGAUGUUUCCUUCUCCUGGUAAUAUAUUCUAACAUCAGUUAGCACUGAAAUUAUCAGAGAAUUAGUGAAAUAAAUUGCCAAUUUGAAUUUUUCAAAUUCAGAAACAAAACACGAGGUGAAUGUCCCAGUAGCUGAACGCUUAGGCCCAGUAGCUGAAUGUACAAAUAGAACGUCAUAACUUUUGAUGGGCAGAAAAAAUUAACUGUGAAAGUGUCAAUCUGCUCUUCUGAAUGUAUUGGCAAAUGCGAUACUAAAUAAUAAAUCGCAGGACGUGGGAAAUUUGUUGAAUGUUCUAAAAAGUUCGGCUACUGGGACAGGGUCAGGUUCUAGGCUGGUCACCUUUCGACAGGAGAACAAUCACUUGAUAACUAUCUAUAAAGCGUUUCCGACAACUCUGUAAUUUUUUAUGAAACAAACAUUUAUCUCGGAGCAGGUUUUGAAUAUGGAUAUGGGAUUAAUAAUAUAUAUCUAUAUUAUUAGUUUAUAAUUUCAAAGAAUUCUCAAAAUCAUGUAGAAAAGUUUUGUCAUUUUAAAAUGCAAAUUUUUCUCACAGUAAAAACCGUAAUUUUAUGGGAAUAAUUCCUUGGAUGAAGGAGAAGAAAAAACUUCUGUUGAAGGGCGUAGGAUCUGAAUAACUCUAAAAUAAGAAAAUAUUAAACUAUAAAUAUUCACUUAGUAUUUUUAUAUGAUUUUUAUCCACGUCUGCAUAAUCAAUUUUCCACAAACAUUCCUUCACAAAAAAAACACAUUUAACAAAAAUGACUUCUAAUAAUUCCUUAGGAUUCCGAAAAUUUCCGUUGUUAUUUCUCGUGCAUGUUAAAAUGAUAGAAAAUUUCUUUCAAUAAAUUAAUUUACAAAAAUUGUUACUAUAGACAAUUAUGGAAAUAGGAUGUUAUCAUUUUCAUGUGAUAUCGUCAAAUAAGUUGAUCAAUUCAGCAUCAUCACUUAUUUUUAUUCAGUAGGUGUUUUCUGUUCUAUUUCUGAGCACAGUGGGAAUGACGAUGAUAAAAAAAUAGGAUAAACAGAAACGUAGUUUGUGCAGCUGUGUGUGCAUUCAACGUCAUGGUACUUACACAGUCAUCAGUUAUUUUGUUCGAUGAACACUGCUUCGAUUCUGCCAUUUCUCAUUCAUGAAAGACUAUUACAAAUGUCAUAAACGACAAAUUUCAAUAGCGAAGUAAAGCCAGCAAAUUAAUUUUCAAAUAUCUCUGCAGCUUAAAUGCGUAUCAGAAACCAACAUGAAAUCUCUUCAUGUUUCUCACUUUGAUGAGCUCCAAAAAUUGACAGAAUGAAUACAAAAAAAUAAAACUUAUUGAAUUUUUGAAAUGUUUUUAAUGGUCUUCUCUCAAUAUUUUGGAUCAUAAUGUAUUCAACUGUUUCAUUGUGCCGAAAGAUAAUUGAUAGAAUCAAAAAAAUAUCAAACAACUAUUAAAUGCAGUGUAUAAAGUCGAUUUCUUAAAGCUUUACCUAUAUACAUAAUUUUUCAAGUUCUUACAGAACGUAUUGAUUCUGCAGAAUCUCUUACAAAUCAAUAGUUUUUGUAAAUUUUCUUAAAUUCUUAAUAAAAAUAUAAUUUGCUUUCA